CGAGGGAUAUCGGGUUCUGAAACACAGCUGGCCCUCAAGGAGAGCAAGCGGUGGCACUUAUUGUCGCUUCAGACCAUUCUGUCCUAUAUAGAUGUAGCAUCGCGGGCUACCAAGAUACAUUAUAUGCCCUCACGCUCCGUCAAUUCUACAGGGACUGUUUUCCAAAACUGCAAUCUAGUGCUUCGUAAGCCGCACACUUCAAGUGCCUACAACGUAAUCUUGGCAAAUGGAAGGAGUGGCCCAGGACAGAACACUGGAUUCGCCAUUCAGAAUUGCAAGAUCACCACAGCCACUGAUUUUUCUCCAGUCAAACACUCGUACAAUUCCUAUCUUGGGAGGCCUUGGAAAGAGAAUUCGAGAUCAGUUGUAAUGCAAACCACAACAGACGAGGCAAUUGCACCGAGAGGUUGGGUGGAAUGGCCAGGGGCUGGGUGUUCCAUUCUGAGGACACUGUAUUUCGCAGAAUACUGUAAUGUUAGGCCGGGUGCUGCAACUGCCAAUAGGGUACAGUGA